AUGCAGACCGUCUUGCUCGUCGGCGGCGUUUCCGUCGUCUACGGCCUGUACUGCUAUCUCUCCAACCUGCGGCACAACAUCGCCGAGGCCAGGAGGAGCGGCUUCAACUAUGUCGUCGUCCCCUGCGAUCCCGUUUCCCUGCCCUGGCAGUUGACGCACCGCAUAUGGAUGCGCAUCAUCAUGCUGUUCCCCGAGAGCUGGUGGGAAGAAUGGCUCGACCUCAUGGUCCCCGACAUGGCGUUUAGGACGGGUUUCGAACGCUUCAGGCGCCAUGGCGAAGCCUUCCUCGUCGUCUCGCCCAAGUCGCUGCUCCUCCACAUGGCCAACGCCGAGACGAUCCGGCACGUGGCCAUGCGGCGCGAGCAGUUCCCCAAGUGGACGGCCACGUACGACAUCCUGCGGCAGUUUGGCGAAAACGUGCUCACGUCCGAGGGCCAGCUGUGGCGCACGCACCGCAAGGUGACUUCGGCGUCGUUCAACGAGCGCAACGCCGCCCUGGUCUUCCGCGAGGCCAUUCUACAGACCCAGGGCAUGCUGCGGACCUGGACGGCGGGCGCAGAGGCGCGCGGCGACGACGAGGAGGCCGAGGGGGGGCCGCUGCGGACCGUGGAGCAGGACACGAUGCGCCUGGCGCUCAACAUCAUCGGCUACGUGGGCUUCGGCCUGCGGCUGCUGUGGCCCGGCCAGACGCUGCCGCCGGGCUCGGACCCGAAGCUGGUCAAGUACGCGUCGCUCGAGGCGCCGCCGGGCCACAAGAUGAGCUUCGUCGACACCAUGUCGAGCCUGAUGGAGAACAUCCUGCUGCUGCUGCUCAUGCCCAAGUGGCUGCUGCGCAUCCUGCCGUCGGCGCGGGCGCGCGAGUCGGCCGACGCGUACGACGACUACAUCAAGUACAUGGACGAGAUGAUGGAGGACAAGAUGGAGGAGGCGCGCAAGGGCAACCGGGCCGAGGAGGGCAUGGACCUGAUGGGCCAGCUUGCGCGGACUGCGUACGGCGGCGGCUCUGCCGGAGGCGGCGGCGUCCCAGGAGGCGGCGACGGGAAAGCGCCGGUGCUGACGCGCGACGAAAUCAUCGGCAACGCCUUCAUCAUGUUCGUGGCGGGCCACGAAACGACGGCCAACACGCUGCACUUCAGCAUGGUGCAGCUGGCGACGAACCCGUCUGCGCAGCGGCGGCUGCAGCGCGACAUUGACGAGCUGCUGGGCGACUCGGACCCGGCGACGUGGGACUACGAGGCCCUCGUCAACGCCAUGACGGCCAGCAUGAUGGGCGCGUGCAUGUACGAGACGCUGCGCAUCAUCCCGCCCGCCGCCGAGCUGCCCAAGAAGGUGUCGGCGGCGCAGGACCAGGCCGUGUCCAUGGACGGCCGGCGCUACGUCGUGCCGCGCGGGACGACGGUGUCGCUGGCCGUCGUGUCGGUGCAUCAGAAUCCGCGGUACUGGCCGCACGGCGAGAGCAGGGUGCGCCCGGGGUGUGAUGACUUGGCCGACUUCAGGCCGGAGCGAUGGUUUGAGAAGCAGGAGGCCGGGGGUGCCGGAGCCGGAGCCGGAGCCGGAGCCGGAGCGGCGGGCACCGCCCACAACAACACCAACGGAGGGACGAAGACGACGAAGACGACGAAGACGAUGACCACGACGACCACGACAACGACGACAACGGCGACUACGAGCGACACGAUGACGGCGGCGGCGGCGACGGAAGAGGACUUUGGCGGCCCCGCAGGCCCGGACACCAACGCGCAGCUCUUCCGGCCCGAGCGCGGGGCCUACAUCCCCUUCAGCGACGGGGCGCGCUCGUGCCUGGGGCGGCGGAUCGCGCAGGUGGAGAUGAUGGCGGCGCUGGCCGUCGUGUUCCGCGAGCACAGCCUGGAGCUGGCGGUGGACGAGGAGCAGCAGCCCGUGGCGGGCAUGUCGCGGGCGGAGCGGCGGCGGGCGUACGGGCGGGCGCAGGCGCGCAGCCGGUGGACGAUGCGGCAGGCCAGCAGCCUCAUCACGCUCAAGCUGCACGGCGGGAUGCACGUGCCGGUGCGGGUGGUGCCGAGGGGCCAGGAGCGGUUUGUGAGCUGGAUGGAUGACCAUGUCGAGGCUGAGUGA